AUGGUGGCCGGCUAUGGAAGCUUUGGGGAUCCAGAGCAGAAAGACGACCGCUGGAAAGCAGGUCAGCGAAUUCAGAUUGGACGACCGGACAUGGCUUUCUCACUUGCAGCCGAACUUAGCGCCCAAUCACAAGCCCUGUCUGAUGUCGGUCAUCUGCAGCUAACAAGACGAUUCUCCACCACGAUGUACCUAUUGCGAAUGGUGCAUAUCAUCGACUCUCAUGCCAAGACAGGCAAACCUUGA